AUGGCUCUCCGCGCGGCGUCGCCGCCCUGCGCCGCGGGCCGCUGCCUCCCCUCCUCCCCGCCGCCUCGCGUCGGCGGCAGGCAAUUCUUCCGACCCCUCCCCCCCGCCGCGCCUGCGCCGCUCCGGAAGUCAGCAGUUUGUACCAAAGCAAUUUCAAACAGUGAUGGCACCCCUGGAACGAGCGAUUCUCCACAUGUGGUGUGUUUUGGGGAAUUGCUGAUCGACUUCGUCCCAACUGUUAGUGGGGUGUCACUGGCAGAUGCACCAGCCUUCAAGAAGGCUCCAGGGGGUGCACCUGCCAACGUUGCAGUUGGAAUAGCUCGUCUCGGUGGAUCAGCAGCUUUCAUUGGAAAGGUUGGUGAUGAUGAAUUUGGAUACAUGCUAUCUGACAUGCUGAAGGAGAAUAACGUGAACAAUCAAGGGUUGCUAUUUGAUACUCAUGCUAGAACAGCUUUGGCAUUUGUGACACUUCGAAGUGACGGUGAACGCGAAUUCAUGUUUUAUCGUAAUCCAAGUGCAGACAUGCUGCUUGAAGAAAAAGAGCUUGACCUUGACCUUAUCAGGAAGGCAAAAAUCUUCCAUCAUGGAUCAAUAAGUCUGAUAACCGAGCCAUGUAAAACUGCACAUAUUGCAGCUUCCAAAGCUGCUAAAGAUGCUGGGGUACUAAUUUCAUAUGAUCCGAAUUUGAGGCUCCCACUGUGGACAUCAGCUGAUGAUGCUAGAGAUGGUAUCCUGAGCAUAUGGGAUACUGCUGAUCUUAUCAAGGCAAGUGCAGAGGAGAUUUCCUUCUUGACAAAUGGGGAGGAUCCAUAUGAUGAUUCUGUUGUGAAGAAACUUAUCCAUCCGAACACGAAGUUGCUUCUUGUCACUGAAGGUCCAGAUGGCUGUAGAUAUUAUUCCAAGGAAUUUAGUGGGAAAGUUGGUGGAUUGAAGGUAACUGCUGUUGACACCACUGGUGCUGGGGAUGCCUUUGUUGCUGGAAUAUUAUCACAGCUAGCUGCGGAUUUUUCACUCCUUCAGGAUGAAGCUCGGUUGAGAGAAGCCCUGAAGUUCGCGAAUGUCUGCGGAGCUCUCACGGUGACAGAGAGAGGAGCUAUUCCUGCACUGCCCACCCGACAGCAAGUGGCUGAUGCCCUGACCAAUGUCGUUGCUUAA